CGCGUCUUCCGAAGUACGCCCGUCAAUUUGCUCGUGAUCAGCUCUACUUCGGUUUUGCAGUAGAAUAUACUAUCAUGCAUGCCGCGACGUCUGCCAAGAAGCAAAAGGAAUAUAUCGAUAAACUUCAGGCCGAAAUUGACGUCCUGCAGAAGAGGAUAGGUGAGGAUGAGAGCGCCGAGGUCAUCGUAUCAAGACACAUAAAACUGUUGCACCGCUAUAAUGAAGCCAAGGAUGCUACUCAGGUUUGACCCAGAUUUUCUAUAUUCUGCAAGCUAACGCUCUGAACCGAAGUUACUAAUAGGAAGGGUAUCAAACUCUACCAGGUCCUUUAUUGCUUCUAGGAGAUGCUCAUCUGUUGUCACAGCUCGCUGCUUCGAAGGAAACCACCGUCCGGCAAAUUCAUGUCGACAUGGACCUCAUGGAUGACCAAUGACGUCUGCUCCUGCCCUGCGCUGGCUGUCUUUUUUGUCCCGCAUACAUUGUGUUUCAAUAGACCUGUAUA